UAUGAUGUCCUUGGGGUGCCAAAGGAUGCUAGGAUCGAUGAGAUAAGAGUUGCGCACCGAGAGCUUGUGCUCAAAUGUCAUCCUGACAAACUCCAAGACCAGUCCUCAAAGGUGUUGAAACAGAAAGAAUUUGAUGAGAUUCAAAAGGCCUAUGAGAUUCUUAGCGACCCUGUGCGGCGGGCAGAGUUUGAC